AUGGAAGACGACAUCGUCGCUGAGCUCAAUGAGCUCUUUGCGGGAGCCUCCCCCGGCGGGAUUCCCCAGGAUGUCCUGGCGGAACUGCAGUCCGUGUUGCGAGUGCACUCGAUCGCCCCGCAAGAGCUGUUCUAUAAGUGGGAAUCAUAUUGUUUGAAGAUGGGCGCGGAAGAGACGAAACUGAAUCUGGACACUGUUCGCCUGUUUAAGCGAGAUGUGCAAGACACCCUGGAGCGCGAGAGUCGAAGCAAGGCCGGACGACAUGCGGAUAACAGAAAGGCGACAACGGCAACCCCGCGGGCUAAUACAACCUCUGAUGUAUUUGGCAUGCUCGAUGGCCUGACACCAAAUGCCUCCCACAACCGAACUCCUAAUGCGAAUGGCUCGGCGAAGCGCAAAUCCGAUUUUGGGUCGCCGUCCAUCUCGAAGGUUGGAAGAGCUGGAAACAAUGAGUCGCCGAUGAGCUCUAAAACUCCCCGCAAGGUGAACGGCGGACCCGUGGGUGAUGGGCCUCAACCGGUACCAUUCUCGGAACGUACGAAUCCUGGACAGACGCUCGAAACCCUCAACUCGCACUUAUCAGCGCCCGACACGCCUAUGGCACCCUUCUCCGAGGCUCGGAUAAAGCCCACGGCAAACACGGAUCUCAAAAAGUUCGGAUAUAAACCUAUGGCCAUGCGGCAGUCGGAGGCGUCCGAGAUCCUGGACGAUCGAAUCGACGAAUUCAUGGCGUUGUUUCAGAAACAAUACGAGACCGAAGAUCUCCCGUUUGGCAGUGCGUCUAUUCAGAGCACGGGCGAGGUGUUUGCUGUUGGGCGGAUCGCAUCCGACAGUUUGGAGGGGAAGCUUAACCCGGCGUCCCUGGUGCUGGAAACCUCGAGACGAACGGGAGCUGGCUUACGAGUACCUCUGAAGAUCGAUUCGCUCCCGUCGGUGAACUUGAUUCCCGGCCAGAUUGUUGCACUCAGGGGCAUCAAUGCCUCAGGAAAUUAUUUUUCGGUCAAGGAAAUACUUCCGACGCCGCUCCUCCCACCAGCGGCGUCGUCCGUGGCGGCACUGGAUAACAUCAACCACCGCUUGGAGGAGUCCGGAUCUUCGCCAUUGAACAUUUUGGUUGCCUCGGGACCGUAUACUGCCGAUGAUAAUCUAGAAUUCGAGCCACUACACGAGAUUUGCCAGAAGGCCGCCGAUAGCAUGGCAGACAGCGUCAUCCUGAUGGGGCCAUUCUUGGACAUCGAGCACCCGCUGUUAGCGUCGGGGGAUUUCGAUCUUCCAGACUUCAACGGGGACCCGGACACAGUAACCCUAACCACAGUGUUCCGGCAUUGUAUCUCGACGCCACUGCAGCGCCUGGCUGCCGCUGUUCCCAGCAUCACCAUCGUCCUGGUCCCGUCCGUCCGCGAUGCUGUGAGCAAACACGUCUCUUGGCCACAGGAACAGCUCCCGAAAAAGGAACUGGGACUACCAAAACAAGUGCGCAUGGUCUCCAACCCCGUGACGUUAUCUCUGAAUGAGACAGUCAUCGGCAUGGGCUCGCAUGACGUUCUAUAUGAACUCCGCAAGGAGGAGGUCCUUCAGGGACGGCCCACAGAAGGAAACCUGCUCACGCGACUACCAAACUACCUCAUCGAGCAACGGCACUUCCUUCCCAUCUUCCCCCCAUCGUCGCGCGACUCCUUUCCCAAGCCUCCUAUCGAGGACGCGCUGGCUACAGGCGCUAUGCUCGACGUCAGUUAUCUCAAGCUCGGAGAGUGGUGGAACGUGCGUCCGGACGUGCUCAUCACGCCGAGUAUGCUUCCACCAUUUGUCAAGGUGGUCAACAGUGUCCUGGUCAUCAACCCCGGCACACUCUCCAAACGACGCGCAGCCGGAACGUACGCACAGAUGGCGAUCCAUCGCCGCGAGAUCGACGAGGAGGAGCGCGAGCAGAAACAACUCAGCCAUAAGCUUUACGAACGCGCGCGAGUAGAUAUCAUCCGGAUAUAG